AACACUGUCCCUGCUAGUUUUCUAAGUUCACUGCAAUCUCUGCACAGGGGGAGGGAGAGAGAGAGAAAUUACCAACAUGAGAGCAGGUAGAGAGUUUAGGGCAAGACUCCUUCCAGCUUCAACAACUGAAUCUAUGUUCAGAGGGGAAAGGUCUAAGUCACCACUGAGCCAGCUUAAUUGCAAGCUUAGUCCCAUGAUGUGUGUAGCUGUGGACAAUGGAAUAAACCCACACACUCAGUGAAAGCAGCCAAAGAUGCACCGCCAGUUUCUAGAGCCUGUGCAUACAGAGCCAAGGACAGGAUUUUGCCCACAAAUAGCCUGACUGAAUUACAUUACACAGAAAUAUCAUCGUAGAGAUUCAGCGGCAAAGUAGUGUGUCGUGUCAAACAUGAUGAAGAAUGAAGAAACGAACUUUAAUGAGGACAGUACUCAAGCCUCUCCCUUCUCCCAUUGCCUGCAGCCACUGAGCCCUCUUAGAAAGCCACAUGGAACAACGCCAUUUGGUGAAGAAUUCAGACCACACCUCUCACAUUUCUGCUAUGGCUCUCCUCCUCUUGGAGACAUGGAAACACUCCAGGGGUCCUUGGAAGGAGGGUCUCGGAAACGUAAGAGCAUGCCAACAAAAAUGCCUCCCUCUAUUGCCCUCGAAGGUUCCUCAACACCACCAGGCAGACCUGAAGACCACAAUGGUGUAGGCUCUUCCAGUCUCCCCUUCGCUUUUCAACAGCAAGCACAGUCCAAGUACAGCUCCCAAAUGAUCGACCUCUGCAACUUUAGCUUUCAGUUCUACAGAACUCUGGAGCACUUUGGAGCCAAGCCCAUUAAGCAAGAACCAUUGAAGCCUAACAUGUCAUGGCCCAGUAGCCCAGCAUUCAUGCAGGCUCCUUACCAUUAUUAUCCUAAAGUCCACCCUGGCUUAAUGUUUCCUUUUAUUGUGCCACCGAACUUUCGUUUCAGGAACCCUUUUCAAAUGAAAAGACCUCCAGAGCCAUCCUUCAGGAGGGCUGAAGUAAGAGAAAGUGGUGAAAAUAAACAGAAAGUAGAAAGAGUAGAUGUCAACCUUCAGAUAGAUGACAGUUACUAUGUUGACGUGGGAGGUGAACAGAAACGCUGGCAAUGUCCCAUGUGUGAGAAAUCCUAUACAUCCAAGUACAAUUUGGUCACUCAUAUCUUGGGGCACAGCGGCAUUAAGCCACAUGCUUGCACCCGAUGUGGUAAGCUUUUCAAGCAGUUGAGCCACCUGCAUACACAUAUGUUGACGCAUCAGGGCACUCGGCCACAUAAAUGCCAGGUGUGCCACAAGGCUUUCACUCAAACCAGUCACCUUAAGAGGCACAUGAUGCAACACAGUGACAUCAAGCCUUACAACUGCAGGAUCUGUGGCAGAGGUUUUGCCUACCCCAGUGAGCUGAAAGCACACGAGUCUAAACAUGAGAGUGGCCGAGAGAAUAUUUGUGUGGAGUGUGGUCUGGACUUCCCAACCCUGGCCCAGCUGAAGAGACACUUAACGACCCACCGUGGCCCUAUACAGUACAAUUGCACGGAGUGUGAUAAGACCUUUCAGUACCCAAGUCAGCUGCAAAACCACAUGAUGAAGCACAAAGACAUCCGCCCAUACAUCUGUACUGAAUGUGGCAUGGAGUUUGUCCAGCCCCACCAUCUCAAACAACACUCUCUAACCCACAAGGGUGUGAAAGAGCACAAAUGUGGGAUUUGUGGCCGGGAAUUUACUCUGCUGGCCAACAUGAAGCGACAUGUCCUGAUCCACACCAAUAUCAGAGCUUAUCAAUGCCAUUUGUGCUUCAAGAGCUUUGUGCAAAAGCAGACUCUCAAGGCCCACAUGAUUGUUCACUCUGAUGUCAAGCCCUUUAAAUGCAAGCUGUGUGGAAAAGAAUUUAAUAGAAUGCACAAUUUAAUGGGACACAUGCACUUGCACUCAGAUAGUAAGCCUUUCAAGUGCCUCUACUGUCCCAGCAAAUUCACUUUGAAGGGGAACCUAACCAGGCACAUGAAAGUCAAACAUGGCGUCAUGGAAAGAGGAUUUCAUUCUCAAGGUUUUGGAAGAGGAAGAAUGGCUCUGUCCCAGACAAAUGUCUUGAGAAGCUUGGAACAGGAAGAACCCUUUGAUCUUUCCCAGAAGAACCAAGGGAAGGUAAUCUCAUUCCAUUCGGAUGGUGAGAGUGCCAAGGGAAGCUCAUGCCAGGAAGAAGAGGAAGACAACUGCUGUGAUGCAGAGCAGUAUAGCCCUGCCAUGUACCACCAUGAUGACAAACUGUAUGUGGCUCAAGAUUCAUCUGACAAACCUGAAUGUAUGAUGAAGGGCUUCAGAGAGUCCCACUGCAAUGAGAAGGAAGAAGUCCUAAGUGAGGGAGAACUGGAGAAGACAAUAGGAAGUUCAGAAAAACAGGAGAGUCAAGGAGAGAGAGACCUUGAAAACAACAAAGGACAUCUCAACUUUAGACCCUUUGAAAAAUCCAGACUUGGCCACUCUCUCUCUGAUUACUUGUAUUUCAAGCACAGGAACAAGAGUUUGAAAGAAUUACUGGAAAGAAAAAUGGAAAAACAAACAAUGCUUAUAGGAAUUUAAAGUGGACAUUUAAAAGCAAAUGGAAAAUGGGAACCAGAUUGCUUUUAACAUGAAGUAUAAUUUGCCAAAGUCUGGAAGUUUGUAGUAGUCUUUAGAAAUAAACAAGUCAAAUGAAUAAAAAUAACUUAAGGUAAAAUAUGUUAAAAGAAUAAAGCAAUCUAAGGUCACCAAGAAACAUAAUAGAUACUGAGCAAUGACAUUUUUAUACUUAUUCAUUUGAUGUGUAAGCAAAUAAUGGAGUGAGUACAGAAGUUUAUUUUCCUUUACUGGGGAUAAUAGAGACUUAUAUGCAAUAUUCCAGAUAUCAAAAAGCAUACUUUUUGAUGACAAAUACUUUAGCAUUUGAUUUGUUAUCUGUCUGAAUAGAUAUUAGUACUUCUAACCAUACAUCUCAAAAAAACCUCUGAAAAUACUAAGUAUUUGACAGUAUAAGCAAGAGUACUAUUGAACAUGGUGGGCAUGGAAGUGUUGUGUGUCUCAGACAUAACAUCGUCCAAACACUUUCAUUUAAUGAAGUGACUGUUAGUUCAACUACUUACAAUAACAAAUGGAAAAGAAAUCAAGGAGAAAUAUUAAUGUCUUGUGAGGCAGUGAAGGGCAGCUCUGUAAAGCUUUGAAAAGACCAGAAUUUAUUUUGGUCACAGAACCUUUUCCUCUGGCACAAGGAAUGUUGAUGCUUUACUGUUUUAGUCAGUAUGAGAGUAUUCAACAAUUCUUCAAGUAAAAUAACAUGGACUGUGUUGACAUUUUGUUCUAUUGUCUGCUCAGAUCAAUAUUCAUAACAAGUAACAGCUACAGUAUGUAGCACUUACAUUCCAUUUUGUAAUUACACAUAAAGCAAUAUGAGUGGUUUAAUUGAGAAAAAUGAUGCAAUUUUGCCUUUUACCUCUUCAGUUUAUCUUGGCUUAGUGAGUAUGAUUUUGAAAUACACAGGUCUGAUCAGGUUUUCUUUUAGAAGAUAUGCCAAAAAAGAGGCCUUACAGGGCAAGCAAUACCUCAUAGAGGAAACCUGUUUUUGGAUUUCCUCUUACUGGCGUCAGAUUUUUUUGCCUUAUCUACAUGGUUUGACCAGUAAGAUCCAGGCUUUUCAGAGCUCCACUCCUGCUGUUUCUCCUGAGUCAUUCCCAACUUUUCAUCCUCUGAUUCCCAUACAAUUCCAUGUUCAGAGCAAAGAUGCUGAAAGCACAUUCCGUUACUUGCAUGAAUAGUUUGAUCAGCACCUUGGUCCCUUCAUCUUCAAGACAGAGGACAAAUAGCUCCCACAUAAGUAAUUUAAUUAGUCCUAGGUCAUUUUGACAUCCUGUCUCAAAAAUUUUAAAUGCAUAUGUAUGGUACACAUUUUCCAGCCAUUACUACCUUCUUCACUUACCUGUCAAGUUCUUGAUUUGAAAUACUUUGUUAUCAAGCUCAAUAUGUAGCAAGUUAUCAUUAAAUGUAGUCAUGUACUUAUGGCUUGAUAAGGCUACAGUCUUUUAAUUUCAGCUCUCUGCCAUUAUAAGAAACUAUUUACAGAACUAAUGAUUCUCCUGCUUGCCACUUAAUCAAUGUUCACAAGGCAGCAGCCUUUAUUAAUUGUGUAAAGCUGGGGUUGAGACUGAGGUUGCAGACAGUGGUUUCAUUUUUCAGGGCUCAAAGAUAGCUUGAUAGCAUUGUUUCUGAAUGAAGAGCAGACAAAUCUCUUUAUAAAAGAAGGUGUAACCACACAUCUGACUCUUCUAAAUGUAAAUAACCCUGAUACACAUACUUUUUUAAAAUAAAAAGGAUAUAUCAAGUUGAAGUGUAAUGUAGGUCACUUCAGACUUAGAAUUAUUGACAUCUUUCAAAAUUAAGUGUAUUUCAGAGGUAGAUAGCCAUGUUCAUUUAGUGAUUAACUGUGUUAUCAAAGACAUUCGACUUCCUUACUUCCCCUGCAAGACAAGUCCUCUUAAAAAAAGGAGAGGUCUUUCUUUCAAAGAAGACAUUGUUGUCAAGCAGAAGAAACUGAAAAGUUUCAGACUAAUGUGUGUAACUGCAUUCUUUCUUAGACUAGAAGGGAAAUGAUCAGGUAUACAUUCAGCAUGGUCUAGGAGCUUGUCUUUUAGAAAUGAGAGACAUAUGUCCCGCUAGAUAACAUCAUAGCCAAAACCAUGAUGUCUAGUGGAAGUAUGCAGUCCAGAGUUCCCAUACAAACCUUGUAAGGGAAAGUGCCAGCAUGUCCUUAGGAAAUGAAAACACUGCAAACAGUUCUGUAUUGUCUGAAUGGUUUACCCAAAUGCUUUCAACCACACUGUCACUGCUCCCAGUUUAUCCACUUCUACAAUCCGAGUUAUCAUUGGCUCAGAAAUGACUGCUAACUACAUACAGCAAGAUGGACGGGAGUACAGAUCCCCAGAAUGACAGUGUUAUUUGGAAAUAACUCGUAAUGUGAAUCAAUCUCCUUGAAGUCUUCAUAAAAAGUGGAGAAUAUGUCAUUACAGUGAGGCCUUGAGGCUGCAUCCACUCACAUAGUCAACCCUAAGCUAAUUUGCAAACACCCAAGGCUAGUUCAGAUUGGAAAAAUAAAGAACUCAUCUAAGCUCGCAAGUCACCAGUCAGAGGAAUUGAAAACAAAACUAUUACUGAGAUAAAAAGACAGUGCCAAGAGACUCAAGCAAAGCAACUGGGAUAUGAUAGCUCUUCCUAGUGCAGGACACAGUGUAGCUGGGUCUAAGACACUUGUUACAAAGACAUCCCAAAGGACAAAUUAAAAGUGAAAUAACAGCCUUCAUUGUGAAACACCUUGCUUUUCAAACAUAAGCUAUUUUCAUGAUAUUUACAUUGGCACUGUUUUGGGAACAGACAGUAAUAGCCUUUGCUUUUUAAUAGCUUUGAAAGUGCUUCAUACUAAUUUGCUCUCGUCAUGAAGUUAUUUCACAUUCCUAAUUUUUGAGGUAUUAGCUUUCUUGUUUUAUCUUUGAAAAGAGGUCCUGUGGAGAUGUUGUCUGUGUCCUGGACCUUAGGGGAUAUGUUUUCUUUUUUCCCUUCUUCCAAAUCUGAGUCUACUUAUCUUCUUCUGGCCAUGUUGCAGGAAAAAAAAAAAAAAAAGUAUUUAUCUAUCUCUUCUCUAAUACUUGGAUUUUCAGCUUGUGGUAACACAUUGAAAGUAAAGCCCAGACUCCACCAUCUCUAUAUUAAACCACAUCCAUGUCAUUUCCGUGUGUUAUUAUAUGAAUUCUAUUUUCAUCCUCUUGGAAAGCAUCAGGGCAAAUAAGAGUGGCCACAAACUCAUGUGGCUGAGAUGCUUUCUAAACUUGUACAAACUGAGAUGCUUCAAGAAGCCGUUUCAAGGAAAGGUAAAUUGGCCACAUCUCAAAAUGUCUGGGCAGGUGAAGGCAUAUGACUUGAUAAAUUAGAGGCUUUUCUAUUGUUGAGGGCUGCAGGGAGAAUUCUGCAAUGAUGCUGUACAGAACAGAGUACGUGGAUGGAAAGUUAAAUGCUGAGUUAGUAAAAUCUGAGGGUAAAUGAAAUACAAUGUAUUUAUUAAGAAAGUGAAGUUGUAGGUAAUUACAAAACAAGAUGUUUCAAGUCUGGGCAGCAGAACUCAGCCACCUGCUUGUGCACCUGAGUUCUCCUGGCUGCUGACGGUCUCUAGUUUGUGAAGGCAACAAUGAGUGUUCUGUGUUCAGCAGCUCAAAUGAUAAUACACUUGAUGAUAGUUACAGAAGUUUACUCUGUGUUAAGUAACAACUGAAAAGACCAAGUAACACCACUGCAUCUACCUUUUUCCAAUUCUCUGUCUAUUAGCUACUCUCCAAUUUCUGUCUUCGUAUGGUGCUGCUGGAUUCUGCUGUUUUGAGUGUACAGUUAAGAAGUAAUAUAAGUACUAUAUUUAUUAUUCCAAGAAGUUUUUAAUAAUUAUUAACAUUUUUGAAAUUAAAUCGUGUCUGCUUAGCUGAACAAGAUGUAACAGAGCUAACAUUUUGUACUUAUAACAGAUUUUGCAAAUAAUGUGGUGUAUAUUUAUUACAUGUACAACACUGAUUUCCUAUUUAAAGCCCCAACUCAAAAAAUGGACCAAGUAUCUGUGAAUACUUAUUUUCUGGCUUUCUAUCUCAAUAAUAAAAGCAUGUACUAUAUAUUGUAGUAAUUUAAGCUAAUAAAUACGUACUGGAGAAA